CCCACCCCCCGCUGCCGCCGCCGCCGCCGCCGCUGCUCUCCCUGGAGCCCUGCUGGGUGCGGAACAGUGCAGCGAGGGGAACUGUGCACGGAGGUCGCGGUUGCACCCUGGGUUGCGUUGCCUGCAGCCCCAGCAGGAAGUGCCCUGAGUGCUAGUCGAUAGAACGUGCCGCUGCGGCGCGCGCUGCAGGCACCGGCUUUUCCCGGGGAGUCCCGGACUCAAAGCCGCUGGGCGGGCUCGGGUCCCGCACAGGGGAAAAGGCAGCAGGGGCUGCCAGGAGUCUGGGUCGCUGCAGAGGAAUGGUGCCCUGAGCUGGUGCCUUGCUGUGAGGAGAUGCCCGCAGGAUGCCUUUCACAACGCCCGCGGGCAUGAGAAGACUCCCGCAGCAGCAGAGUGUCUGGUGGGCAUUUAGCAGCCGUGAUGUGGGAGUGUCAGGUGGUGAGGAGACCAUGCCGCUGGCCUGCCGAGGCUUGAGAUUGAGUAGGUCUGGUGAAGGUGGCCCGGGAAGGAAGGACACGCUUGGCAGCUUGGAAACCAUAAGUGGCCUCUGAUGAGAUGAGGCUCCUCACCAGCCCGUUGCGCCGGAUGCUGUUGGGCCUCCAGAAUCUCUGUGAAGGAGAAGGAGGGAGUCCUGCCAAAUGCUGUGUCCUAAACCCCCACCGCCUGCUUCGGAGGGAGAAUUUCAGUGCUAAAGUGACAGCCAUUGAGCUGGUCAGCUACUGGCGAGGUGUGUUUGAGGCGAAUGGGAUCCCUGAAGCACAGGAAUCCAGCGAGUAUAUCGUUUCCUACGUCCUGGGAGCAAAGACAUUUCACAGCUUGGGUGCUGGCAGCCUCUCCACCCCGCUCACAUUGGAGCAGCGGCAGCAGAUUCAGCAGCUGAGUAUGAAGCGGCUACAAAGGAUGCCUGUGCAGUACGUCCUUGGUGAGUGGGAUUUCCGGGAACUGACCCUCAAGAUGAGACCCCCAGUCUUCAUUCCUCGGCCCGAGACAGAGGAGCUUGUCUCCUUGGUGUUGGAAGAAGAAUUACAGAGGAGUGGGAGCCCUGCAGUUCUUGCUGGUCACCAGAGCCCCACCGUUGUCCCUCACCCUGUGAUCCUGGAGAUCGGCUGUGGCUCAGGGGCUAUUGCACUGAGUUUACUGAGCAAACUGCCCAAGAGCCGGGUAAUAGCUGUUGAUAAAGAGGAAGCUGCUGUGAAUCUCACCAAAGAGAAUGCUCAGAGCAAGAGAGAAGUGCCCACAUCUCCUGGUUCCUUAGGGAAUCUAAGUAAUGCAGAGUCCAGUGAGGUAUGGUUCAAGCUGAGAGGCACUGGUACAGUUGUGUGUUCUCUUAGAGGUGCCAGGGGUGGAGGGAGAGCCCACAUAAGGAUAUU